AUGGAGAUCCCACGCGGGCAUGCCAUGCUCCCACUCAAAGAAGCAGACCUUUUGGAUUUCAUUUACAAUUACUUCAAGGCCGAAUAUGCGCCCAUCCGGUCAUUUUGGUCGACAGCAGCAGCGGAGCCCCGGCAGCCCCAGCGAUGGGUGUCCAUGGGUCACGAGCUCACUCCCCUCACCUUCAGACCCGCCAACGCCCAAGCACAGAAAGAUCUGGAGUCCCUGGACUAUUUUAUUCGUGAGAAGAAUCUCGACGCCGCUUUCGUGAGAGGUCUGGUCGUAAGGUUCGCCAAGUACGAAGUGCAUGAGCGUCUAGAGAAGAAGCUGUACGAGAGUGCAAGGUUGGAUCUGAUGGUGCGCAAGGCACUGAAAGAGAAGCAUGUCAUUGACGCUCUAUGGCCGUCCCCAGCUGCACGCGAUAUCCCCCAGGAGCUGUUGAAGCAGGGGGUCCAAGUUCGGCAGUGGUACGGAGACAUGUUUGUUAAGUACUUCCGGCACCUCCACUCAUUAGACGAUUUCAGUCUACGGCCUGAGGUCGAUGCAAAGAUAAGAAGUAGUGGGGCCCUGAUGCUGGUACCGUUUGUUGACCACCUCGUGUUUGGCACUGUCGAUCCCAUCUUUCCCAUCGUCGCCAAAGGAGCUGGGUACGCCAAUUCGCAGGCAUGGCAGCAGAAGGACAGUCGGGGAACGUUUGGGGAGCCCGAGCAAUUCGAGAUCAGGUUCGAUGCGGCUGGGGACAUCGAAGAGACGCAAACGAGGAGCGUGGUGCGACAGUGUCACUGCCUGAAGUGCGGAGCAAAAAGAGAUGUCAAAGUCAUUAUAUCGCUCGACCCAAGUCCAUCGUCCGCUGCCGCGGCGAGCAGAUCCUCGAAGCAAAGCACGAAUAGGGAAACCACCGAGGCCCGCCCCCCUACACCACCAUCUCAACGUCGACCACAGAUACAGGAUCGACCUGUAUCCCCGCUGCAGAAGAAACAGUGUCCUCGCUGCACGUUCCUGAAUCACCCGGACCUGACAACUUGCGAGAUGUGCCAGGGAGACCUUCCGGAAACGCUGGUUUCAGAUCCCCCGAGCCCUGCAAGGACAUCGACCGGCAAGCCAUCGCAUGCUCGUUCGGAAUCCCAUCCGCCUUCGAGCACCACCGACCCGCAACGAUCAGAAAUGAGAGAGACUGCACGGCCAGCAGCUCCAAACAGACACAGCUUGAGCUCAACGCUCUUCUCCAUCUUUCCCUUCUCGCAGCAUGCGCAGACCGAACACCACGCCAGGUUACCUCCGUCACAACCUGUUGCGGAACCCAAAGCGCAACCCGUGAGCACCAAGCCCGACAAGGACUCUGUUGCUACAGCCUCGAAGCAACAGCGUGGUAGCCGAGACGUAGAUGAAGUGUUGCCUUCUUCGCCCGAACCCGGCCCGUCGCGCCCAUCAACCGCAGAAUCCCACCCAGCGGAGCCUAGCACACCACCGCUGUCGCAGUCUCCCCAAUUCCCCGCCCUGUUGCCGUUCUCUCCCCCUUCGCCUCGGUCUCCCGAUGCACCUCCGCCCGCGGGACUUCCGCACACGCUUGUGGAGUACGACUUUGUUCCUGUGUCGGCCUCUCCGACCUUUGCUGGCGCUGGAAACGAGGAGGAAGACGCUGGAUGGGGGGAAGUGUCCCGGGAGGAAGCGAGGAGGAGUGCAGAGGACCAAAGAAGGGACGAUGCUAAAGACGAGGGUGAGGAUGAUGAAGAAGGGGGGAAAGCGAGGGGGAUGAUUGAUCUGGAUGCUGUUGCUAGGGAGGAGAUGGGAGUCUGGGGGAUCCGGGAUGAUGAAUAG